UACGAGUCGACCAGUGAAGGCUAGUGGUGGUGUACGAGUCGACCACAACAACAAACAUGGCGAGCCUCCUGCCGGAGUUCGAGCAGCAGUUCGCAGCCGUCACCGCAGAUAUCACCUCCAAGAUAUGUCACAUUUCUUCAAGAGAGUCAUCUGAAAGAAUAUCCCUAAUACAAGAUGUGGAAAACCUCACGGAAGAAGCAAGAGAACUGCUGGAGAGGAUGGAAUUGGAAGUACGAGACUUGGAACCAGUACAAAGGGAGAAGCUGGCAGGAAGAAUAAAGAGCUAUCAGGUUGAGCUGAAGCGCUUGGAGGGGGAAUACUCGCGUGUGAGGGCCAUUACCACAAGCGAAGGUAGCACGAGAGCAGAACUCCUGGAGGAUGGGUAUGCUGGUGUGAGUGUUGGAGAAGAACAGCGACAAGCACUCCUGGACAAUAGUGAGACUUUAGAACGUGCAACUGUGAGGUUGUCACAGGGACACAAGAUUGCUCUGGAAACAGAACAUAUAGGUGCACAGAUACUAAAUGACUUAUACAGCCAAAGGCAAACCAUCAGUCAUGCACGAGAAAGGUUACGUGAGACUGACGUAGACUUGGACCAGAGCUCAAGAGUGCUCAACACUAUGCUACGACAGGUAUUGCAAAAUAGAUUUAUCUUGUAUGCUGUUUUUAUUGUUGUAGGUGUUGUCAUAGUGUUUGCAAUCUACCUCGCGGUUAGAAGAGGAUGAAGUAAUAAGGUUUCGUUAUUAUAAGAUUUUGAUAAGAAUUGAUAACGGUAUAUUACAUGUAACCAUUAAGCACUUAACAUGCAUCUUUCAUUAUUAUAAGUUGACUAAAAGUUCUUAGAACAAUUUUGGAAUUGCAGUAUUUAAAUGUAAUCUCUGAGUGAAAGCAUAUUGGAAUUUUCCCCAUUAUAAAAAUAUAAAUAAAUAUGUUGUGAAAAUUACAAAUACACCAUUAAAGUCAAAGAAAGAAACAGAAAUAGAAAUGGCAGUAAAUGCAUUAGUCUUUAUUUACAUCAAACAUUAGUCAUUCAUUAAUGUUAGAUGUGUAUGUGAAUUUUUAAUUGAUGUUUGUUCAACAGAAAUAUUGUGACUUGCCAAGGUGUUACGUACUGUAGAUGUUUCUUGUGAUAUACUCCAGUUGAUGAAUCAGAAUAAUUAUAGAAUUUUAAGCACCAAAUGUUUUAUUGCACUUGUCAUUCCUGUACAGUAUUCAUCCUGACUUCCAUCAUAUAAUUAAUUAUAUGUUUAAUUACCUGAUAUCAAAUAAUUCACAACAAUAAAUAAAAAAAAUAAAAAACAUUAAUUUUGAUUAACAGUUUACAAACAUUAGUGUUCUUUACUGUAGUUAAAUGUUAAGAAUAUUUGACCAUAAGGAAACCAUUGUGGCCUAUCUAUGUGGACAUUGUGGCCAAUGUCAAGCAGCUCAUAUUUAUACCCGACCAAACUCAAUCACAUACAUGUCUAACCUUAACUUGAAACAAUCCAAUUAUUGAGGAAAUUAGUAGGAGCCAUGAGGAAGAUUCCAACCUGCACACUAGGGACUCCCAAGCACCUGCCUUAGACCAGUUAACCACGACAUGCUCAUCAUACAUCUUGUUAAUGUGAUUUCUUUGUGCAAUCCAGUUAUUCUUUGUCUGAUGUAUUACUUGAUAAUUUGGUAAAUAGAUAAACAUCCCUAUUUCCAAUUAAAUAUACUUUUAUACAUCUAUUAA